AUGGCAGAUCCAGAAGAUAGUGAUAGUGACUUUGACAUAAAUACUCAUAAACCAUAUAAAAGGGUAAGUUUUUUAGUUAAAAUUGUUGUUUUUCUGUACAUUUUUUUUUUUAAUGUAUUAAUUUUGUUUUUAGAUUAUUGAAAGUGAUGGAGAAAGUUCAUCUGGUAGUUCUAUUGGUGAACCUAAAAUGUGUUCAAUAUGUUUAACAGAUAUAGGACGACAAGAUUUAUCUUCUCCAAAUUCUUGUUCACAUUCAUUUUGUUUGAACUGUCUUACUCAAUGGGCAAAAGUAAAAUAUAUUUUGUUGAAUUGAAAUAAAAUAUAAUUUAUUAAUUACCUAAUAAAUUAUUAAUAUAUUUUGUUAUUAGACUGCAAAGACAUGUCCUAUUGAUCGUUUAAAAUUCACACUUAUUAUUGUAAGGAAUAGUCGUGGGCAUGUAUUACAAGAAAUUGAUAUAAGUAAUAAUGAAGAUUCUAAUAAGGAGAGUUUAGAUAGUGAAGACUUAACGUAUUGUGAGGUAAAUAUUGAAAUAUCUUUACAUUAUACGUAACAACUCUUACAGUUUUGAUUAAAAAUGAAAAUAUUUUUUUCAGGUUUGCCAUUUGUGCAAUCGUGAAGAUGAAAUGCUUUUAUGUGAUAUUUGUGACAGCGGGUAUCAUAUGGACUGCAUUAAUCCACCACUCUUCCAAGUACCUGUUGAAGAAUGGUAUUGUCCACAAUGCCGUGACAGAGAAGAACUAGGAGAAGAGGUCAGGCUUAAGUUAAAAUAAUGAAAGUUCACAAUAAGGCUUAUUAAUAUUCAAAAAUGAAAAAUAUUAUUUUAUUUGAUAUAAGUUAUUACUAAAGGUUCUGAUUUUAUUGCACUUAUAAUAAUUAUUAUAUUUACAAAUAUAAUAAUUAUUAUAUUUGUAAAUUUAUUUUGAAAACUAAGAAAAUUAAAUGUUGAUAAUUUAUUGAUAAAAUUUCUAUUUUACAUUUUGUAAAGAUUUUUAGAUUUUUAGUUAAUUUAUUGUAAUUUUUUUUUAUUUUUUAUUUUAUAAAGAAUAAUACAUAAAUAAUAAUACAUAAUAGUACAUCUAAUAAAAAAAAAUCUUUUAAUUUUUUGAUACAGCAUUUUACCUUUUUUUCCAGAGAAUUUAGAUUUGUAGCUACAGAAUGAUUGUUGUUUAAUUUGAAUAGUGUUAUAACUACAGUUAUUAAUCAUUUUAAAACUUACAAUAAACAUAUUUUAAAUUUUAUUUUUUUAUUAAAAUUUUUGUUACUCUUUUUAUAACUCAUGAUUUUUAAGUACUUAACAUUUUAAACUUUUUAUUGUUCUUUGAUGCUAUAAAAUCUAAAUUUUAGUUAUUAACAAUGUUAUAAUUAAUAUAUUGUUAUUAUAAUAUUUCUAUUUUUUCAAAUAGCAAAUUGGACUAGUGAUUCUCAAUGCGUUAAACAAUAUGCACCAAGUAGAAAUGUCAAAUAUCUCUAGAGCAAGGCUGUCAGGAUCACGAGAGCCACGUUUAGUUCCAAGAACAAGAGCUGUUGAAAGAGUACGAAUGCAUACUCGACGAAUUCAAGAAAAUGUUAUGGUUUGUAUUAUUAAGUUUAUAAUAUUUUGAUUUUAUUUUAUUAUACCUGUAAGGGAUAAUAGUAUUUAUUAAAGUACUUAUUAAUAAUUAAUAUUGCUAGGUGUGUGUAAAUGAAAAUGGUGAUAUAUAAGUAGCUAUGUUGUCUGUAGUUAAUAUAAUUGCUUUAGUCAAAUUAUAUUAUACUAGUUGUACUUUUGCUAUUAAAAGUUGUUCUAAAUAAGUAAAAUCUUAUAGUUCUAUAAGUACAAUUCAUGGAUUAAUUGUAUUUCUUGUACAAAUUGUUAUUUUUUUUCGUUAUUGGUAUGAUUUAAUAUUGAUAAUGAUUUCUCUCCAAGCAGUUUGUACACAUAUCAAAAUUUGAGUUUGCUUUUAAUAAUUUUCUAAAUAAAUUGUAUUAACUUUUUGUUAACUAUGUUACUGUGCUAACUAUUGUUAUUUAUUGUUAUUUUCGUAAUUAUUAUUAUUAUUGAUCGUAUUAAUGACUAAUGAACUUUGCACUUAUUGCACUUUGUAGUUGACUAUAUGUUUAGGUUUAUGAACUAUGUCUAUAUCACCCUUUUGUCUCUUAUAAUAUAGUUCUAUAAUUGGCUAUUAAAAAGUUGAUAAUUUUAUUUACUCUUGACUUUGUAAUUGCAUAUUGCUUAUAUACAUUAUUUUUAAUAAUUAUUUAUUUUUACAUUCGGAACAUAAGUAAAACAAAAAAAAUUACCUAUACACGUGUUAUAAAUUAAUACAGAAUGUAUAAACUUCUAGAAGCAUCUAGAUUUGAAGUUGACCUAGUUUCAGUUUGACCUAAAUAUGUCCAACAUAAUUCUGAAAAUUAUAUUUGAUAAAUAAUUAAAAAAUAGUAAUAAUAUUAAAUUUGCAUUGUGUAGGCUGCUGAAGAAGAAAAUCAAGAACAAUCAACUUCUAGCAGAAAAAAGCCAAAAAAACCUUCAAAAAGAAAUACUAGAGUUAAAAAAUGUAGUAAAAAGGUAAUUAAAAUAAUGUUUACUUGUUUAUUAAAUGCUGUACAUACAUACCAAUGUUUGGUUAAUAUGGUUUAUAUAUUUUAUUUGUUUUAAGCGUAACAAAAUUAGAAAAAAGAACACUAAUUUAUCUGAAAGAUUAGGGCAGUGUUCUUCAAGAGAGAAUAGAAAUUCCACUGGCAAUGCUGGCUCAUUUGGUGCUUCAACAAGUUUUGUGACUCCUAGGCGAAUGAGUUUAUUUAGAACUCGUUAUGAUCUCGAAUAUGUUGCGGAGUGCGUAAUUGUAGCUUGGAUUCUAAUUUAUUAAAAUGUAUUAAAUAAUUAUUUGUAACUUUGAUUUUAGUUCGUCAGAUGGUGAACAUGAAGUUGGUGGUGAUGGAUCUUUACAAAUGGUGUCAAUGCCCCGAAUACGUGUUUCAACUACUGAUUUGAUUUUGCGCAAAGAAAUUAGUGAAAUUGCACGUCGACCAGUACAAAGAAACAUAAACAUAUCACAUAACAUUAAUUCAGUAAAUAUAUUGGACACUAUUAUGAAUAUACAAGAAAAUGAGUUUAAAAAGAAGCCUACUGAUAAUGUUGAUAAACACAUUACCCAAACUCCAAUGUAUUCGGAUAGAACUGAUAAAAGUUCUGACAAUUUUAAUAACUAUUCGUCCAAUCGCAAUAAUAAUAAAAGUUAUCCUAAAAACAAUGAUCAAUCAUAUUCUGAAGCAGGAAAUUCAAGUACAUAUGGAGAAUCUCAUUUGACUAAUGAACAAAAUUUUAGUGAAAAUCAACCAGUUAAUCCUUUUCCUUAUAGAAACAGUGGUCCUAUCAAGUUUCGUAUGAAUGUUACUAAAAUGGGUGAAAGAAAACAGCCACAAACACCUCCUAAGGUGGUCACUACAGAAUAUAAUGUAGACGGGAGCGGACCUAGUACUCAAACAGAAGAAACAUUUAAAGCUCUUGAACCCCCUCCUGAACCACCAGCUUUAUUAUUAGGUAUUAAUUUAGAUGAAGAUGAUGCUGAUAAUCUUGUUAUCGAUGAUAAAGAUUAUUAUGAUCCAGAAAAUCCUAGUGAUGGUGAUGAUGAAGAUCCAGCUGACGUUAGUAGACGAACAGCCGUAACUGGUUAUAUGCAAUCACCCACUUAUGGUGGUUAUAUGGAGCAGGUAGAGAAUAGGUCUAUACCCAUUAUACCAGUUUCUAAUAGUAACAACAUAUUACGCCCAGCUGAUGAUAUUGUAUCUUCUGAAGAAGAGGAAAAAGAAAUUAAUGAUGACUGUCCAAAUAUAGCAUUAUAUUCAUCUACUAGUCUUAAAUUGUCUUCAUCACCCAAAGAAUAUGGGCCUAUUUUAGAAGACGAAGCAACUAAAAUUGAUAAAUUGAGUGGAGAUGCUGAAUUACAGUUUAUACCAAUGCCACCUGUUAGUCCUGAAAGAAAUUCACAAUCAGCACAAGAAGAAAGUCCUAAAUCUGAAGAACUUGUACUUUUGGAAAGCAUUGAAGUCAAUGAUAAUGAUGAAAAAUUUCAAAAUGUUGACAAUUCAGACAAUGAUGAAAAUAAAUUUAACUCUGAUGAUGAUGUAAAUGAUGUUAUUAAUGAGGUUAAUUUAGAAUGUGAGAAAGAAUCUGAAACAGAAAAAACAGAACAACAGCUAGAUUUUGAAAUUGAUACUGUUGCUGAACUGAAUGACAGCACAAAUAUAAACAAAGAAAAUCAAAGUUUACUUGGAGGUGCUACAUGUUCUGAAGUGUCAUGUGCAACAUUAAUCUGUUCAGACAAUGAUAAUCAACAUAAAGAAACUGUUGAUUUAAGUUUUGAUCCAAUAUCAGACUCGGAGGAUGAAAAAAAAAAGGAUAAUAGAAGUUCUGAUGAGAGUGAAAAAGGAGAGAAAUUAUCAAAUGGUAAGAGUGAGGUAACUGUCAAGCACAAGGAUAACAAAGAUAAAGCUAAAAAACCUAUAGUAAAAGAAAAAGAAAUUGUGCCAUGGAAAAAGUUAUCUAAACCUUCCAAAGAUAGAAAUUAUCGUUAUGGUAAAGGGAAAGAAAAAAUUGGCGAAGAAAAUGUCCGCAAAGAAAAAAAACAAAAGAGAAAAGAGAUAGAACUGUAUGAUGUUCGUAGAGUACUUGAAGACAGGCCUAGACGUAAAAAAGAUAAAUUUGGACGAGACUUAUCUAAAUCUAGUAAUAGUGAUUCCAGUUCUAAGGAUCGUAGUCGGCGUAAAAAACGUAAAAGAAGUCGCUCCAAACAAAGAAAACGGUCUGUUUCAUCUAGUAAACCAAGAAGUCGUAAGCGAUCAAAGAGUCGAUACCGCAGUGAGUCUAAAAAUAGAUACCGUUCAAAAAGUCGACAUCGAUCUAGGAGUAGACAUAGAUCAAGAAGUUCAAAGCGUUUAAGUAGAUACGAUAAGGGUCAGUUAAAUAUAACAAAGGAACGAUAUCGUUCACCAUCACUGUUGGACGAACGUGACAUGUCUCCAUUGUUGUCAAAACGACAAACAAAAAAAUCAAAAGAAAAAGCUAGUAUAUAUUCUAAAAUUGAAAAAGACUACGAGAGAAAAUUGUUAAAAAAUCAAAAAAGUUCUAAAAAGAAGAUCAAGAAAAAGUCUAAAGAUUAUCAAUUCUCUUCUCUGUCUCCGAGAUCAUUAUCACCUGGGAUGCAGGUUUGGCAAUCGCCUAGAGAACAUAAUUUAAGCCCGUGGUCACAUACUGAUAUAUCUCGUACACCAUCACCUGUUUAUUCACGCCAUACAGCAGAUAUGGAAAUGAAUUAUUCGAAUAGAGAUCAAGAAUUUUCUGAAUAUAAUGAUAAUAUGGGACUAAAUAAUUUAACAGUAAUUGUUAAAAAUGACAGUGUAAAAAAAUCCAAACUUUCUAAACGUCAUAAACGUCAGAUAACUGGUCCCCCUGUAAAAGAAGUAUUUGCUUCUGGGGAUAAUAUAUUGGUCAGUGUUAAUUUUAAUAAAGACAAUGUAGCUGAACAAAUACUUCAAGAACCCUUAAAACGUAAACGACAGGAAACUGUAUCUGUUUUGUCGACUAAAAAAUCCAAAAACAGUGUUGCUGCAGCUAUACCCGAUACUACUUCGAUCAAUCACAAAACUUCUACCCUGAAAAGAAAUCAAAAUCCGAGAUGGCAAAAUAGAAGGAAUAUUGUGCGAACAAUUGAAGGUAUGAAUGCCAAACCGGUUGCCAUCAUAGAUUUAAAUACAUCUCCUUUUAGAGAAAUAGAGAUGUCUCCUAAAUCUAUUAUUGUCUUAACGGACAGUGAUGAAGACAAACAAGUUUCAAAAUUGGAAACUAAAAAAGACAACAGUCCAGAAAAAUCUAAAGAAAAUAUUGUAGACGAACAAAAGUCUGUUGAGAAAAAUGAAAACAGUACUCAAACAAUACCAACAAUUACGAUUGGAGGUCCAAAAACACCUCCAGAACCGGUUAAUGCCAUUUCUAAACCGGAUAUUAUAUCUAAUAACAGUUGUGAAUUUAAUAGUCAAGAUGAAGAUCACACACAAUCGCAUGAUGUACGUGGUCGUGGUCCUAAUACUCCACCAGAACCUCCUCGAUCUGUGGAUACAAUUGCCAGUGAAACAGCUUAUGAUCCUUUUGAACCGACAAAAUCAAAUUCACCCAGUCCUCCCCCCAGAAUUGAUAUGUUUGAAGAUGAUGACGAUGUUGAUCGUCAUGAUCAUAAUAAUCACGAUGAUGAUUGUGAUGAUAACAAUGUUAGUGUUAAUGAUGAAAAUGAAAAAAAUGACCAUGAUGACAGCAACCAUCAUAAUGAUGCUCCUAUACAACCUCUUGAAGAAAACAAGACUGUAGACAGCCAAUUGGCAAUUUCGCCUCAUCGAAAUAUAGCAAAAACUAUUACUCCUCCAUUUUUAGAAUCCCAAAAUACCAAUCAAAUAGAUAAAACUCCUGAAAAACUCGUUACUAAUGUUGUUACAAACCCAUCACUGUAUACUAGUCCAAUAAAAGCGGCCAAAACUCCUAGUCCAAAACAACUGACACCCACAGCCACUAAUGCAGAUGAAAUAAUUGAUUUAGACGAUAAUGAUGACAGUCAAACUACAGCAUUUGAUAAUGUAGCUAAUUCACCUUAUUCUCCCAGUGAAGGUUUUGUGGAUGAAAUGAAAAGUUCAUCGCCUGUAAGUCCUACUCCUCCAUCUAAUAAGAAUAUUGUUUCUACUACUUCACAGUCUCAUAAUAUCAAUGAAACGAGAAGUAAAUUGGAUACUUUGCUCAGUAUACUACCACGAGUUACAAAAUCUUCAAAUAAUAAUUUUGAUAAUAUUGCCAAACUCACUAAUCUGAAACCGAUUAAAAUGCCAGCUUCUAAAACAGCAAAACGUAUGUAUACUCUAAUAUAAUUUAAUAUUAUUUGUUUAAUUAUAUUUUUCUUUUCAUUGGAUUUUUUCUUUUUAGAUUUUAAACAAACUAUGAUAAAUGAUGACGGUGUAGAUGAUUUACCUGGGUCAGCUGUUGAAUUAGAAUCGAAGAACAAGGUAAUUAAUCCUUUUAAAAUAACUGUUUAGUGAUUCAAAGUUAAGGUAAUAAUUUUUGAUAAAUGUAUAAUGUGCAGUUUUUGGAGAAGCUCAAUCGUCAGGAACGUGUCAUCGAAGAAGUAAAACAUGUGUUAAAACCUCACUAUAACAAAAAACACAUCACAAAAGAACAGUAUAAAGACAUCAUGCGGAAAGCCGUACCAAAGGUAAUAUUUUUUAUUGUCGACAAAUAAUUUCCAAUAAUUAAUUGAGAUUUAAUUUUGGUAUGUAGAUCUGUCACAACAAGAGCGGUGAGAUAAAUCCGCAGAAAAUACACAGUCUCAUUGAAGCAUAUGUGAUCAAAUAUAGGCAUUCACACAGAAAACAAGUGCAACGGCUUUCAAACAAGUGA